AGUACUCUCUCUCUCUAAAUCCUUUGAUUUCUUUGUUGGGUCACUUGGGCCUGCAAAACCAGCAACCGCUUCAAGCCUCAUUCAUUAUUAAACCUUUCCCAGCCAUAACCCUCACUCUUCACAGCGCUUCUUUAUUCUCUUCGCCUAUUAACGCUACCAUGGCUAAACCCCUCUCUGGCGCAGACCACCGCCUUCUGCCGCACUUCCUCUCUGACGCCGAUUUGGCCUUCCCCUCUGAGUUCCCUUACGAGUUCGGCGUCUCUUCUCCGGCGGUGGAGUCGGUGGCGGGCUCCACCGAGACAGAGAGCAGCGACGAGGAAGAGGACUUCUUCGCGGGUCUGAAUCGGCGACUCAGUCAGUCAUCGCUUCACGAAACUCGGAAGCAGCUCGUCGCUGUACCCAUCAAAGCCGAAACCGCCGACACACUUACUAAGAUUUCGGCAAAGGCUUUGGGUUUGGCACUGUCGCCUCAGUCAACGCUGAGUGGAAUCGGAAGCUGGUCAGGUAGGAGCGGCGUCUCCGGCGACGGAAGUCCAAACGGGUUCUCUCGCGUACCCUCGCCCUCGACGACGUCGUUUUGUGAAAGCGACCCCUGGGAAGUUAUCUACGCAGCUGCCGGACAAGUGGCAAGGUUGAAGAUAAACAACCAAGUUUCACAGUUCGAUUUCCAGAACAAUAGAGGCUUAUUAAGCCAAGUUCGCACUAACCAGAGCUUCAACCAGGUUCAGCAACCUAUGAGACAGAAGCAACAGGGUGGUUCGGUUUGGGGGAAACAAGUUAACCCGAACCGUUUGGUGGCUCAGCAGCAACAACUACAUGUUCAGAACGGAGGGCGUGAGUAUGGUUAUGAGAGCGUGAAAUGCACGCGUUCUUUGUCUUCUCCUCAUUCUGCGUGGCCUUCUGUGCAACUUCAGCAACAAAACAAUCGGGUACAGUAUAACGGAUCCGGUUCACGGGUUGGAGUUCCGGGUAGGCCUUCUGUGAAAAAAGGGUGUGGCGGAACUGGAGUGUUCUUGCCUCGCCAUUAUGACACUCCUUCUGAGCCUCGCAUGAAAACUGGUUGUGCUCCUGUUCUGUUACCGGCUAAGGUGGUUCAUGCUUUGAACGCCGCUUCUCAAACGCACUUCUCCAAUGCCUUACCUACGGAUUAUGAUGCCUUGUUAGCAAGGAGAAACGCGCUUCUCAUGCAGCAGAGGCUAAGCGUGCGGCGGGAAGAGCCAACAAACUACGAAAUUCGCCUACCUCAAGAGUGGACUUACUGA